ACGAAUUCCUGAUAAUUCUUUUUCCUCCAGACCGAUAAGGAUCGGUUUCUUGUCGGUGUUUAUACCUUAGAAUCUUAAGGAUAUUAAUUAAGUUUAGUUUUGGCUUGAAAAAAUGGCUAAAACUAAAUCGGAAGAUAUAUUAGGAGAAAAAUGGGAUCGUUGUGUCUCCGAUACUAUAGUGAAAAUGGGUGGUGGACUGGGUGUUGGAGUGCUUUUUUCAGUGCUAUUCUUCAAAAGACGCAGUUGGCCAAUAGUGUUUGGACUGGGCAGCGGGUUUGGCAUGGGUUAUGCCAAUUGUCAGCAUCUUUUUGACCAGCCCUACCUUGUUCGACCGGAGAGAAUCACGGUCACUGCCAAGUCCGUAACAGAAUCGGUGGAAGGAGCUAAAGAGAAGCAGUGAAGGACAUCAUUUUGAUGCACACCUGUGAAGAUGCCAUUAAUUUUUCUAAAAUGUGUUGAGUGCUGGUGAAGCGGUGAUCGUCAAUUGUUGAAGUUGUUCACACGCCGUACAUUCGCUGCUGUGAUGGCAGCUGUAUAAUAAACUUGGUCUGUCUGCAUUACGACGUAUGGGACUUACUCAGUUAUUUUUCUGUAAAAAAAUGCUUAGACUUGUUCAUAAAAGAUAUCCUCCUUAUUUUAUUUAUAUUAAGUUAAUUUCUUUGGCCUAACCAAGAACAUACCAUAGCUGGGCUGAAAGAAAAGAAAGCUGCAGGGGAAAUAGAGCUGGCCAAUCUAUAAGUUGAAAUUACGCAGAAUAUACGUUCGUUUAACUCUCAUUGGUCCGUCAUUGUGUUCCCUCAUAGUUGAAUUUACCUCAACAUCAUUAAAGAAAUAAAUGUUCGGUAUGAA